ACAACCAACAAAACUCACUCUCCGGAGUUAGACAGCUUCGGGCAUCCGGCAAGUUAGCAUCGACGCGAAAUAUUUUUACCUUUCGGCAAGAAAUUUUGAAUCCAACAGAACUUCGGGUACCUCACUGUUUCGGAUAAACUCACGGACAUGGCGAAAGUGAAGGAAGCAAUGCAUCGGUUACAGGAAAACACGGGUGCAGGACUAGACAGAAAAGGCAAGCUCCUCGCCGUAAUUGGAGAUGAGGACACUUGCGUUGGAUUUCUUUUGGGAGGUGUUGGAGAGAUCAACAAAAAUCGCCAGCCCAACUUUAUGGUCGUUGACAAGAACACGGCUGUUGGAGAAAUUGAGGAUACGUUCAAGCGCUUCAUCAAACGGGACGACAUCGAUAUUAUUCUUAUCAACCAAAAUGUGGCUGAGAUGAUCCGACAUGUGAUUGACAGCCAUACACAACCCGUGCCAUCAGUUUUAGAGAUCCCUAGUAAGGAUCACCCAUAUGAUGCAAGCAAAGAUUCAAUUCUGCGACGUGCCAGAGGUAUGUUCAACCCGGAGGAUAUCCAUUAAUGUACAUAACUCUCACUCAUAUUGGAUCACCAAUAUUAACUGUGUAUAAUAAAAGUAUUAUCAAUUA